UAUUUAGGGCUUAUGGAGGGAAAAAGUGGGAAAAUGUUGGUAACUAUUACUGAACUUGAAAAUGAAAACGUUCACUGCAGAAUCAAGCACCAGCUAUGCCUAUUUUUACCAUUCUUCUUUCCUUCUUGCAAGAAAGAAGCUUUAAAGGUAAUCUUUUCCGGUCUCGUCACUUCUCUAUUAUAUUUCUUUUCCUUAUUUUCACGCUUAUUUAGCUUCAAAAUUCUUAUCUUUGGCUUUUUUAGCUUUACCCUGACUAGGGUUUUAGUGUUCUUCUGCAAGCCCAAUUUGAUCUUAGCAUCUCUAAGUUUCUCAUACUGAACUGGGUUUGCUGUCUUUUGAUUCUUUAUUGGAGAAACUAUUCCUUUUAAUCAUUGUUUUGAGUAUUCUAUGUUUUUAACCUUCUGUUUACACAAAAGAACUAGUCUUUUGUGCCGAGCUUUUCACUUGGCGAAGCAACUUAUCAAUCCAAGUGCAGAAGAAAUUAUUUUUGGAGCACUUUGUAUUAAUUUAAGGCAGAGGAAAUGGAAAGUGUUAAAUCAAAUGGCCCCAAGUCUAACGAAUACCUUAGUAAGCCGUGUUGUUUGCGAGUUUCGAACAUCACCAACCUUGGCUUUGGAGUUUUACAAUUUGGUUGGAGAGAAGAAGAGCUUUUCACAUUCUUUGGAAUCUAGUUGUGUCAUAGUUCACGUGUUGGUGAAUUCAAAGAGAUUUGAUGAUGCUUUGUCAAUAAUGGGGAAGUUAAUUUGUGCAGAUGGGGUGCCUCCACUGGAGGUACUGAAAGGUUUGGUUGAUAGUUAUGAAAUGUGUGAGUCAACCCCUGCUGUGUUUGAUGCAUUGGUGAGGGCUUGUACUCAAGUUGGAGCUACUGAGGGUGCUUAUCGAGUGAUUCAGAAGUCAAGAGUGGAUGGUCUUUGCAUUUCAAUUCACUCUUGGAAUAAUUUUUUGGGUCAUCUUGUGAAGUUAAACGAUAUUGCUAAGUUCUGGAAAGUUUUCAAGGAAAUGGUGUCAUGUGGAUAUGUUGUGAAUGUGAAUACUUUUAACUUGGUUAUUUAUGCUCUUUGCAAGGAAAGCAAAUUAGUAGAAGCACUGUCAGUAUACUACCGGAUGUUAAAAAGUGGGAUUUGGCCAAAUGUUGUUUCUUUCAACAUGAUAAUAGAUGGAGCUUGCCGAAUAGGGGACCUAGAAUUUGCAUUGAAGCUAGCUGGGAAGAUGAGAGCAAUGUCAGGGGACACUGUUUUUCCAAAUUCAGUGACCUACAAUUGUAUCAUCAACGGGUGUUGCAAAAUUGGAAAAGUAGCAUUUGCUCAAGGAGUUUUUAAUUAUAUGGUUAAGGUGGGUAUUGAGUGUAACACAAGGACCUAUGCAACUUUGGUAGAUGGAUAUGCUAGAGGAGGGAGUUUGGAUGUGGCACUUAGGUUGUGUGAUGCAAUGGUGGAGAGGGGCUUGAUGCCUGAUACCAUCAUUUACAAUUCAAUAAUUCAUUGGCUUUACGCAGAAGGAGAUAUGGAGGGAGCUUCUUUGCUUUUCUCUGACAUGAUUGAUAAGUGUAUACCCCCGGAUCAGUUAACCUACUCCAUUAUCAUAAAGGGGCUUUGUAGAAAUGGAUACAUGGCACAAGCUUUCAAGUUUCACAACCAAGUUCUCGGGAAACACCUUAUUCAAGAUGCAUCUUCAUACAAUGUUCUCAUUGAUUAUCUUUGUCAUAGCAAUAACUUAUCAGGAGUUAUGCAACUUUUGAGUAAGAUGUUUGUUCAUGGUUUGAUUCCUGACCUUUUUACAUAUGGUUCUCUGAUUGACAGCUACUGUAAAAACAGAAACAUAGAAAAUGCUGUGCUGGUCUACGAAAAUAUGAUAAAGAUGGAAGAAAAACCGAACUUGGCAAUAUACAAUUCCAUUAUAAAUGGCUUGUGCAAGGAGGCAUCUGUAGAUGUUGCAAAAAAUGUGCUAGAUGUGCUACAGAGGACGGGUUUACUUGAUUCAAUCACUUAUAACACUUUGAUGAAUGGGUAUUUUAGCUGUGGCAAGAUUGAUGAGGCGUGUUCUUUAAUUUCAGAAAUGAGAAAUGCCAGGAUUGAGGUGAAUAGAGUUAGUUACAAUAUCUUAAUCAACUUUUUGUGCAAGUUUGGAUGUUAUCAACAGGCAAGAGAGUUAAUGAAGGACAUGAUUCUUCAUGGCAUCAUUCCUGAUGUCAUAACAUAUACAACUCUUCUUACCAAUUUCAGUAAGAAUUGUAGUCCAGAAGAAGUGACUGAAUUGCAUGACUACAUGGUUCUCAAGGGUGUAAUUCCUGAUGAGCAAACAUACAGAGCCAUUAUUUGCCCACUUGAAGAAAAAAAUUCUGAGAAUCAAGUUAAGUUGCUAGAAUGAGUGCAUAUGGAUCCUUUAGGUCACUGAUUAUUUUGUGUAUACACUUGGUAUUUCAAGAGAUAGGAUACUGAAAUUGUUUUUUUAAUCUACUUGUAUCAUACAAAGUUUUGAUGAAUAAAGCCUCAAUGUUUAGCUGAAA